AGAUCGUAUUGUGCAGUCAGCUGUGAUUGUGUUAUACAACUGAUUGUGUUGUGCGCUGCUUCGUUUUCCGUAGUAUUCGCGAGUUCGUUUUGUUUUGUUACUUUUUUGUCAAACUGUGGUGCGAAAUGGAACCCGGCGGGAGGGAUUCCCGUUUCAAUUUAGGUUAUAGCAUGAAUUUAUUAAGCGGUGAGACACCGCCGGAAAUUUACGGCAACCCUAAUUUAGGGAGACCGUCUACAAGUCUACAACAACUCUCACCUCGACAUACUAUGGUGUCUAGUGCUUGUAAUCGCGGCAUAAAAUCGGAUAUGUAUGAUGACAGAGCUAUGUCAAGUCAAGGUAUGGGUCUGGAUGGUUGUGUAAACGAAAUUAACGAAGACUCCUACUCAAUGCAAUCAAAAAAAUCACCUCCUAGUAAUGGAAAGAAAACCAAAGGACGUGUUAAAAUCAAAAUGGAAUAUAUUGAAAAUAAACUGAGAAGGUACACUACGUUUUCUAAAAGAAAAACUGGAAUUAUGAAAAAGGCUUACGAAUUAUCCACCCUUACUGGUACACAGGUAAUGCUACUGGUAGCGUCAGAAACUGGUCACGUGUAUACCUUCGCUACUAGAAAGUUACAGCCAAUGAUAACAAGUGAAGCAGGAAAAGCCCUUAUUCAAACCUGCCUCAACUCUCCCGACCCACCAGCAGGAUCUGCAGGGGGAGACCAAAGAAUGUCUGCAACUGGUUUCGAAGAAACGGAACUCACUUACAACAUAUCCGAUGAUGACUCCAAAAAUGAAAACAUAUCAGGGGCCGAAUCAAGUUACAGUGGUAGUGAUGGUGAGAUGGAUACAGAAAACCCUUCAUCAGGUUUUGCACAAUCAGAUAUUCCUAGUUUUUCUUCAGUAUCACCACCCUCAUCUCCAUUUCCAUCAAGUAAAACUCCCGUCACAUCCACACAAUCUUCAACAUCAACAACGAAAUCCCAACAUAAUCCAAUUUUAGCACCAUUGGUCUAUCAAACACCGGAAGGAAUGAUGUACACAGCAGCGCCUACUACGGGAGGUGUACUACUAAGUUUAGCUCCGACAGAUGGUAGUAAUACUCAUCGGCAAUUCAUAACUAUUCCGUUAUCAAUGGUGGCGUCGAACGGUCAAGGUGAAUUAGAUUUAUCGAAAAGGAAAUGAUCAUUUGACCAAAUCAUAGUUCAUUUGAUUAUCUCGAAGACAAACCUUCGAUUAUAUUAUAAUUAAUCAAAAUCAAUAAAGGGCUAAGUAUUUCUAUGUAAAAUUAAACAAGAUUUCUACGAAGUAGCAUAAAAAUAUAAUUAUGGAUUGAAUAAGAAAUUUGUAUCAAAUGAAAGUGUGGAUUUUGUUUUCGAAUUUUCACAGCAAAAUUCAAAAUAUUUUACAUAAAAAGGUAAGAGAUGAAUUGUAUAAAUCCUAAAUAUUUUUUAGUUAUCGAUACAUUUUCAUUUACUUAUGCAUAUACAUGGUGCUUCUAAAUUCAUGCAACAAGUUUGGAGGUGAUUGCUUGUAUGAAAUUAAAAUGGGUCUUUCCUUUAACAAAAUUUCCUCAGCCCACCCAUUUGCUAAAUAUUGGGGCGUGUGUCGAGAAUUUAACUCUGGAGAUCGAGGAGGCUAAUGUUGGCCUACUCGACAAAUCCAACGGUACAUUAUUUGAAAAUUGAUGAUUUCGGAUGUUAACAAUUCACAAAAUCUAACACGUUGAUAAAUAUUAAUAUAAAAGAGCUUGAACCCAUUGGAUGUGGUAAGGAUAUAACUGCUGCUCUCUUAAAACUCACUACACAGAUGAAUAGCUGAUAUUUAGGAUGUUGGCGAUUAUUCUAGUGCUUGUUUCUGGGUUUACAACAAUUUAAUCUAAAAUUUCUUGUACUACCACUACAUUUCUAACUAUCCGGAAAUGACCAGUGUUGGUUGAACUUUUUUUUAACAUUCCAGUUUCGGAUAAGCGGUUGUGAAUACGUGCAAAUACGGAAUAAUAAGGCGUCAUUCAUGUCGGCCAUUCCGGUUUUUGUAUACAUGUUACAAUAUACAGAUAAUGCAAAAAUAACAACCUACAAACUUAAAAGUAAACUUCGAUUGGUUACUAAUCAGUCAUUUUUCAAGAGGUAUAGUAUUGAAUUUUUAAAAAAAAAAACACAAAAACUUUUAGAAAAUUGGAAUCGAUAGAACGAUCAGUAUAAUUUGAUGUUUGAAGAUGAUUUCAUGGAAAUGUUGGCCGCGGCCCGCUUUAGAUAGCCCAUGCGCAAGGUCCAAUUUUGGCACACUCUCUCCAACAUAUCGAAUAAAUGCUUCAAUAUUGGCUUCCGGUAGAUCAAUCGUUGCUUAUUUAUCCCUGUAGAUAUUAGCAUUAACCCCCACAAGAAAUAGUCCAAAUGCGUUAAAUCACACGAUCUAAGCGGCCAAUUGAACCAAACGUGAGAUGUACUGUUCACCUAAGGCGGCUUUUAAUUUGGCCAUUGUUCCGCGUGCCGUGUGGCAUGUGGCACCGUCUUCUUGAAACUACAUGUCAGGCAUGUCCAAUUCUUCCAUUUUGGACAAAAAAAUCUUCAAUCAUCUCACCGUAGCACUCGCCAUUCACAGUAAUGUUCCGACCAUCGUCGCUUUUGAAGAUGAUGCCGCCGGCCCAUAAUCCACACCAAACAGUGACUUUUUCGGCAUGCAUUGGUAGCUCUUGGAAUGCUUCUGGCAGGUCUUAACUACAGAUGCAUCAAUUUUGCUUGUUGACGUUUCCAUUCAACCAGAAAUGAGCUUCGUCGCUGAACACAAUUUUUCGGUAAAAAAGUAGAUUUCCCUCCAACUUUGCCAGCGCUCAUUCACCAAAUGUAAGACGUUGUGGGAUAUCUUGAGGCUUCAAUUCUUGCACCAGCCGUAUCUUAUAAGGUUUCAUACCCAAAUUCUUUCGCAAAAUUUUCCACGUUUUCCACGAUUCACGGUCAUCAGUAACACUGGCGGAUACAGCCGCAAAAUUUUCUUCGGUCCUCAAUGUAUCUUUGCGUAUUAGUGGUUUAAUGUUCAAUAGUGUAAACUGGGUUUGAAAUUUAGUCACAAACUUCCGAAUAGUUGCCUCAGUAGGCAGACCAAACUACUAAAUUGGAAGAAUUGCCCGAUGCGCUCUCUUAAUAGAGCAUGAAUUUUCAUAGUAAAAUUGAAUCAUUUACAAGCGUUAUUCGUUCGUAAGUCGAUUCAUGAUUAAAUUAUACUGAACAAGUUUGACAAUGACACAAGACACGAUUCACGCGUCAUCUGUCAAAAACAGUGUUGCCAAAAAGAUACUAGCCAAAAAUUCACUCGUUAUCAACAAUAUUUUUUGACAUCAGUCUACUAAAAUUUGAAUAAACAUUAAGUAAACAUGGUAAAUAAAUUAUUGUCAAAGUGACAACGGCCUACUAUUCUGAAACGUUGUAACAAAAACUAGGAAGAGUUGGUUAUUUUUAGAAUUUAUUAUGAGUCUCAUUACAUUUUACUGUUUUCCAUUCAAUUUAUUAAAAAAAUUAUAAAUUAUGGUGUCUAUUCCCUUUUCUCAGUAGCUAUGGGUUUUGAGAAAAAAAAUACAGAUUUUAAGUUAUAAUUUUAAUUUAUAAAGCUUUGUGAGUGCAUGUAAAUCACAGAAUUUCAAGUUUCUCGUAUUACUAAUAUUUUAGAAAGAACAAAAUAAAAACUCAAUUUUAGUUACCACCGUAAUUUCAUACGAGCAUUCACCUCGUGAAUUUUGUUGCACGAGUAUCAAACGUUGGAUCGAUUUUAUGAGAGUAGUAUUUAUGUAGUUGCUCAUUUAUUAAUUAAGUUUUAAAGUUGCUGUCAAAUGUUGUAUGAGAAAAAAAUUCAUUAAAUUUAUGAUUUGCGGGUUCUACAUACAAAUUUUUUUCAGUGGAAAAUAACGAAAUAUAAGUUGAAAACAAUAUUACGUUUUAAAUUUGCUCUUUAUAAUUGAUUCGGUUUUUGUAACAGGUGUAACUCCAAGAAAGUAAACUUUGGGACAACUAAGAAAAAACUGCUUAAAUCAAAAUAUUUCACUUAAAAUAUUUCUUAAAAAAUGUCAAAAUGUAAAGAUAUUCAAUUUACAACAGAAUUCAAAAUUUUACACUUCUAUCUUUAUUCAUAAUUGUAGUUAUAUACCUCUAAAAAUUUUAAGAACGAUCGCCCCUUUAAAAAAAGAGAUAAAAAACAAUUGAAUUUCAAGUAAAGCUGUUAUUUUUAAUGUAAGACAAUAUUUACGGUUUACUAAAAA